CGAAAUGUCAGAUUCUGAGGAUGAGGGCGGUUAUAUCGACCUUAGAGAACUCUAUAGUGAGCCAAUAAUAUCUAGAAUUUCUGCUGUUGGUGGUAUCGAAGCAACGAAGCUCGCUGAUGGUAGCCUAUCACAAGAAUACAAGCUCGGUGAUGAGUGUUUAGGUUGUUUGAAAGAUCUCAAGAAAUUCUGGCGAAAAGACGACGACGACCCAAAUCGCACUGUAGCGAGAAUAUUGCACAAGUCAAAUGUGCUCAUAAAUGAUCUUUUACCAGUACUUGCACUCUCAGUAAACAGGGGAGCUGCCGGAGAUCGUAUAGCACUCGCUGCAACUGAUUUAAUUUCGUGUUUGACUUGGCCAAUAUCAAUCGAGGAAGAGUUUAAGGAACUUGUAGAUCGUGAAGAAGAGCAUAAGGUGGCCAACUUCGAGUACACCUCAUUUAUUCAAGCCCAACAGGCUUAUAAACUAGCCAUCGUUAAAAACAAGACAGUACAGCACUUCCUUGAAGUUCUUCUCCCGCGUCUAGCAAAAUCUAGACUCGAGCGUACACAGCGUGAUGAUCAGGUUGUCGCACUCAUUCUUCAUACUUUCCGUAACAUUCUCGCCAUCAAAGACACAGACGCUCAUCCAAAUUUACAGUCAGAGUUGAUAGAGCAAAUGCAUUCGUUCGAGAUUCUCUCGCUUUUCAAUACUCUUGCUUCGUCAUCAGAUCAACGAGAAUUGAUCAACUAUAAUGUCGUAGUUCUCGAGAUCUUCCAUUCCAUAUUCAGAGGUAUUAGAGCGGACGAUCUGACGCUUGAUCCAACUAAGGCAUCAUCUGCUGGGCUUUCAAAUCUCCUCGAAGUGGAGAGUAAACAAAAAAGGCUAAACAGUCGGAGCAACACGUCAAGACAUAGUCGUUUUGGUACGACUGUUAGUGUUCUAUCUGGCAGUAAUCGGUUUGUUCAGUCAAGGCAAUCAGCUAUCACUGCAACGGGUGAUCAGAGUAUGGAUGUAGGCAAGAAAAAAGUUUUCAAGAGGGCAAAAGACCAAGACAACUCUGGUGAAGUACACCUCAGCAAUAAUGCAAGAAAACACCUGAAGGAGUUGGCCGAAACAUUUAUAGAGACCUCAUAUGAUACCUUCUUUACAACCCUCUUAAAAGACUUCAGAAUGGAGAGACCUAAGAUUAGGGAAACCGAUAAGGCACGAUGGUUUUCUCUGUCAGCCUUCUUCUUAGAAUUCUUCAACACCAAAUGGCGUCGCAAGGACAUCAGCAAAAUACCCGAAGCGGAAAUUGAGAAGGCAGUUGGGUCAGUCAGCUGUAUGGUGGACCCAACGACGGUCGGUUAUGUUUCGGCUAGGAUGGCACUCACAGUUGAUGACAAGCCACCGUCAUGGAAAGAACUUCAUUGUGCUAUCAAUUGUCUCAUACAAAUUUUGUUACUAGUCGAUGAGAUGGUUAGAUGUACUCAAGCACCUGGUAUCGUUGAAAUUGCAGAGGUUCUCCAAGAUAAGCUUUAUUAUAGUGGAGAUGUGAUGGAUGUUGUAGUAAUGGUAAUGGGAAGGUACAAAGAUCAAAGUAUAAAAUUUCUGGAAUCGAUCGUCCAUUUAGCUUACGUGUUCUUGCGUAUGUUAGAGAAGUUCAGCAAAAGCAAAGCAUAUAUGUUCGUACGGAAACGGAAAUCCUCGAAACGCCGUGGUGCCGACGACAUGAAUGAGCCUAAUAUGCAGACAACCGCUGAGGAAGAAGCCGAAUUUCAACGGGAUACACCAUCAGUUGCUGAACACAAGUUCAUGUUUUCAUCUUAUGAAAGGAGGUUCGCUACGGAAACCAUUGUUAAGACGUGCCUCUCAUAUCUAGAGCGUCAUUUGGAAUUCCACAGUUUAGAUCAACUUAAACAUGUCGUAAAUCUGCUGUACAGACAGUCUGUGCGAGCUCAAGGAGAGGAGCUUUUCUACAAAGUGUCUACACUUAAUACUUUCCGCAUCGUGCAAGAGCAAGUCGUCAAAUCAGCAGUUAAUUAUCACUCAGGACCUUACAAAGACUUGAUGAAGUUGAUCGAGUUCAUUUUGAAAAAGUUCUUCAAAGCUGCAACAGAGAAUCCUAUGCUAUACGUGGAAGCACUGUUCCCUAUACGUUCACAUACUAGAAGCAAAGGAACGAUUGAGCAGGAGGACGACAGAAAAACUGGCUUGUCUGAUGAUGAUGAUAAUAACAAUAAAUUUGACCCUGAGUUCCCAGAUGCUGCUCAGACAUCUGCAAAUAAGCGCAAAAAGCGUUCACGCAGAAGAAGCGAAAAUGGCGAGCAGGUAGAACGGACCGCUCGUCAAGAGCAAAUGCAGAGCUACCUAUCAGCCAAAUUUAUCGAAGAUAGUGACGAGGAUGAGGAAUCUUUACAAGAAUUCUUCAAGAAGGAAGAAGAGUUGCGUGAUCGUGCUAACAAGGCUGCACAGGUUUCUGAGGUUCCGGAUGAAUCGUUAUCAUUGGUGGCUAGAAGGAGGAAGGUUAGGGAAGUCGAACACGAGAUACAGAUUGUGCCAGAAACACAGGAUAAGCAAGAUAAUCAAGAUAAUCAAGAGCUUAUAACACAAAGGUCGCAAUCAUCCCCACAUUUUGAUGACGAAGAUGCUGGUAUUUCUCAAACUAAAUUGGUAGCGAAACGCAGAAGGAUGAUCGACUCAGAUGAAGAUGAAUAGAGCA